AUGCCCGACGAACGGCGUUUCUCCAAGCGGCAGGUCAUCACCUACUCUACCCUGGCCAUAAUCCUCGUCCUCAUGACCCUCCAACUCUACGCUUCUCAUCUCCACAAGACCUCCGCCUACAUCCCACAAGACGGCCUCCCCUCAACAACACAGGACGAAGCCUCGCUCUCACCACCACUACAGGAAUCAGCACCACCAACAACAGAGACAACUCCAGCACCACCAGCAACAGAGACAACUCCAGCACCACCAGCAACAGAGACAAUCCCAUCACUGGAGCCAGACCAAGCUCAUUCACCUUUCAGUACUCCUAAAGAUCUCGAGAGCUAUUGCAGCAGUUACCCGGCCCCUCGGCACCCCCGCGGUAUCCUUGUCUCUGACAGGACCAAGGAUGACGGACCGUUGAAGAUCUUUUUCUGGCAGCAUAUCACAUGGGGAAACAUUUACGACCUCGACUGGAAGAAGGAGACAAAGACUUUGUGUCCGAUCGCCACGGAGCUCCAGCCCUUCUUUGAUCACUUCAAGAUCGUACAAGCAAAGGACGCCAACCUCAACUGGCCCACAGGAUUCGCACCGUGCUGGUUCUGGAAUACACCCCGCUCUGCCAUGAUGAACAGUACUACCGGUACCUGUAAAACGCCGACCAACGGAGAUCUCGAGUAUGAUAUCACCACCAAUUAUACCGACAUUGCCAGUGCCGACAUUGUCCUUGUCGCCUACCCCUAUUUCAUGGACAACGCCAGGGCGCCCUACUUUGAGAGUCAAUUGCUGCCUCCAAGGAUCGCCCAUCAAAAGUGGGUCCUUCACUUUUACGACGAGUCGAUCGGCUUCUACCCUCAUGUCGCCCUCCAGACCUUUAUCCAGCAGUUUGACCUCACCAUGGGAUCCCCACCGCAGCUCAUGGAUAUCCCUCACCCAACCUAUCCGAUCUCUCAUGCCAUGGCCCUCGAAUACGCCAAUGUGCAGGUGACAUAUCCCUUCGACAGGACGCCUGAGAACUACAUCGCCUUUGUGGUGUCAAAUUGCGGCGCCAGGAACGAACGUCAAGUGCUGAUCGACAAGCUGAUCGCGGAUGCAGGAGGACACUCGUACGGAGGGUGCAGUCACAACAAGGACAUACCCGAGGAGCUUCAAGGACGAGAGAAGGGGCAAUGGCAAGACAAAAAACAUAAGGUCCUUGCCGAUUACCCCUUCGGCCUCGCCGCCGAAAAUUCUAAUUGCCUGGGGUACGUUACGGAAAAGUUCUAUGACGUCCUAGCGUCUGGGGCCAUCCCCAUCUACAUGGGUGCCCCCGACAUUGCCGACUUUGUCCCCGAGGGCUCCUACAUCAACGUCAAGGACUUUGCGACAUACGACGAUCUGAUCCACCAUAUGAAGACGGUCGAUCGGGCGCCCUUUUACGAAUGGAAGAAUAUCGUCAAGAAGGACGUUACCAAGUUCUGCAAAUCUUGCUUAGCUGAGCCAAUGAACCUUCCUUGCUCCAUCGUAGAAAACGUCCACUUUAUUUAG